UUCUAAGCUUACUCUUAAGCUUAAAGUACAUAUUUAUGUCUCUCUCCAUGUGUUGUUGGAAGAUGUUUUGUUAAGUAUUCUUCUAAUCUAACUUCACUUGCUCCAUACGUAUUCCAUAUAGAGGAUUCCCAAUGCCAUCAAAAUUACUUUUAGAUGGAAUAAAAACUCUAUCAAGGACAUGCAGAUUAUUCUAAAGUUAUUUAUUUCACACCCAUAUAGUACCAAAAAAGUGUUCUCUUGGAAGCUCUAUAGGCAACAUCUACCUGUAGGGCUGUAGCUGAGUGUGUAAUGAAAUAAAUCAUCUCUAUCCUAUUGCAUGUUUCCUAUGUUAGAACCUAACAUUUCAAUCGUUAUACAGAGAACACUUUAGAUAGAGCAGCCAAUCAUGCCAUUCGGUUUGGUCUCGGCCUGGAACAAGCGCCGAAGAAGCAAGUCUCAAGAUCAUACAGAUCCAUGGAUUUACAAACCUGCACAACUUUGGCAACUUGAUGAUAAAUCGCCGCGUCCUACAAAGAAGUUGCAUGGAUCAACCGUUUUCACACUCAAGGAGAUGGAAGAGGCAACAUGUUCAUUCAGUGAAGAAAAUCUGCUUGGAAAGGGAGGAUUUGGCAAAGUCUACCGAGGCACUUUGCGAUCAGGAGAGGUUGUAGCAAUCAAGAAAAUGGAGCUUCCGGCAAUUAAAGAAGCAGAGGGGGAACGUGAAUUCCGAGUCGAAGUUGACAUUUUGAGCAGACUAAGCCACCCAAAUCUUGUUUCUUUGAUAGGCUACUGUGCUGAUGGAAAACAUAGAUUCCUAGUAUAUGGAUAUAUGAUUAAUGGGAACCUGCAAGAUCAUUUGAAUGGAAUUGGAGAAAGAAACAUGGAUUGGCCUCGAAGACUACAGGUGGCAUUGGGAGCUGCAAAAGGGCUUGCUUAUCUCCAUUCAAGUUCUGAUGUUGGAAUUCCUAUUGUUCAUAGAGAUUUCAAAUCGACCAACAUUCUCUUAGAUGCCAACUUUGAAGCAAAGAUAUCUGAUUUUGGGCUCGCCAAGUUAAUGCCAGAAGGACAGGAGACACAUGUGACUGCCAGAGUACUUGGCACCUUUGGUUACUUUGAUCCCGAGUAUACAUCGACAGGGAAACUCACUCUCCAGAGUGAUGUUUAUGCUUUUGGUGUUGUUCUUCUGGAGCUUUUGACUGGACGUCGAGCUGUAGAUCUAAACCAGGGUCCUAAUGAUCAGAACCUUGUACUACAGGUGAGGCACAUACUGAAUGACCGCAAGAAGCUACAGAAGGUGAUAGAUCCAGAGAUGGCUCGAAAUUCCUACACCAUUCAGUCUAUAGUCAUGUUUGCCAAUUUGGCAUCAAGAUGUGUACGAGCGGAAAGUAAUGAGCGGCCUUCAAUGGCAGAUUGUGUAAAAGAGAUCCAAAUGAUUAUCUAUACAAAUUCAAAAGGCUUGGGAAUGGUUAUGCAUAGCUUGAGACUGAUCUAAUAAAAUCACAAGUUUAGACAGACACCAGAGUUAUGGUGGUUUCUUAUUGAAAAUAAAAAGAGUGAACUCUAUUCGGAAGUUUUCCAUAUAUAUACACCAGACCAAUUAAUAUGAGCACAAAUAUUUUGCACAAUUGUGAACAAAACAUAACUAAUUUGACGAUCUUAGAAGAUGUGGAACUAUGCCCAUUGCGGAAAAAUCUAAACGGGCAUUUCCUUUAUUAUUCUUCAACUAUACAGAGUACCUAAGAGACCAUGACAAGAGUUGACCACUUCCGACAAAAAUGUCCAAUGAACUCCUAGCAUUAUUAUUUUUUUACGGCAAUGAAUGGUACUGUUCUACAGAUCAUGUGUGACGCGUUCUAAUUUCAAGAUUGAUAUACAAUCCUCUAUGCAUACACAAAUCAUUGUUUUGAUUGAAUUAAUGAAAUCCAUAGCAAAUUUUAUGUGUAAUUUUCAUGCAUCUUUAAUGUUUUUUGGUUCUUCAAGAAAAAACAAUGUGCCUAACUUAGUAAUUUAUGACAAAGUACCAGCUUUACAAAAUAAA